AGACGCACAGCAACAGCAGCGAAAAAAAGUGAUUAAGCAGCACCAAAAUUGCACAACAAUAGCAAUACAUAUAGAAAUACUUAAAAGUCAAAGGAAUCAACAAAUUCAAAGUCAAGAUGAAUGCAAGCACAGCGCAGGGCAGCCCCAGCAAGCUAAAGUUUAAUUUAUUUGCUCAUGUCAAAUACGAGCAUCUUGUGGCCGGCAUUUCGGGAGGCGUGGCAUCUACACUAAUACUGCAUCCAUUGGAUCUCAUCAAAAUACGCUUUGCGGUUAAUGAUGGACGCACAGCAACAGUGCCACAGUAUCGUGGCUUGGGCAGCGCAUUUACUACAAUAUUUCGCCAGGAGGGCUUCCGCGGCCUCUACAAGGGUGUAACACCAAAUAUAUGGGGCUCUGGCUCAUCUUGGGGCCUGUACUUUAUGUUCUACAACACCAUCAAGACCUUUAUACAGGGCGGCAACACUACAAUGCCUUUGGGUCCUACCAUGCACAUGUUGGCUGCUGCAGAGUCUGGCGCAUUGACGCUGCUGCUUACGAAUCCCAUUUGGGUAGUCAAGACGCGUCUUUGCCUGCAAUGUGAUGCAGCCAGCAGUGCGGAAUACCGUGGCAUGGUGCAUGCUCUAGCACAAAUCUACAAGGAGGAGGGCGUGCGUGGACUCUAUAGAGGUUUUGUGCCCGGCAUGCUGGGUGUCUCUCACGGUGCCAUACAAUUUAUGACAUACGAGGAGCUGAAGAAUGCCUACAAUGAAUAUCGCAAGCUGCCCAUCGAUACAAAACUUGCUACCAGUGAAUAUUUGGCAUUUGCGGCCAUAUCGAAACUGAUUGCUGCUGCCGCAACGUAUCCAUAUCAGGUGGUGCGGGCACGCCUGCAGGAUCAUCACCAUCGUUAUAGCGGCACCUGGGAUUGCAUCAAACAGACUUGGAGAUAUGAGGGUGCGCCCGGUUUCUACAAGGGUUUGCAGGCAAGUCUGACACGUGUGGUGCCCGCUUGUAUGAUCACGUUCCUAGUCUACGAGAAUGUAUCGCAUUACAUGCUGGACCAUCGUAAGCGUCAAUUAUUGGCUCGUGAUCUUUCGGAAAAGAAAUGAGGAGGCUUUUAACAGUGGGGAUUUGCACAAGUUUUUCUUCCAAAUAACUUGACGUACCUUAACAAAUUUUUGUAGUCAUGUACAGCUUUCAAAAUGGUUUUGUGUUGAACAUUUAACCAAAUACUGUUAUAUUCCUUAUUGUAUAUUAAACAAUAGAUAUUAUGCAUUAAAUAUAUAAAAUGAAAACGAUAUUCCUGCAAUGGUAGCCACAAAUGA